AUGGAGUACCCAGAUUUUGCCUUUUCAAUGCCGACGUGCUAUCAACUUGGUAUCCCGAGUGAAAACGCACCGCUUUCUCAACUGCCCCCCUAUUACGGACCUCCAAUGACUAUGCCGAUACCACAUCCCCUGUACGAUUACAAUCUGGAGCCUGCUUUCAUAAGGAAAAGGAACGAGCGCGAAAGAAUUCGAGUGCGCCAUGUGAACGAAGGCUACGCACGACUUCGGGAACAUCUCCCAGACGAGCCCACGGAUAAGCGAAUGUCAAAAGUAGAGACCCUCCGGGCUGCUAUCAGGUAUAUUAAACACUUGGAGAGUUUGCUUGAUGUCGGAAAAGAUGAAAAACAAGAUAAGACCAAGGAGGUAGAGAAAAGACAAGAAUCUUUAGAGGAAGAGAGGUAAAAAAGAACAGUUGAUUGAUUCUUUCCGAGCGACCGAUCGAGCCUACUGCAAAAAAGAACAUUGAAUUUUUUUUAGGAGAAGAUUUCAAAUUCCCAGUAAGGUCUUUCUAUUUUGUGUAAGUAAAUAUAUGCUCAGUCACAUGCAAUAUGGACAUCAGAACAAAUGACUGUAAUUUAAGCAGAAGAUUUACACCUUUUACAGGCAGGUAAAAGAACGAUUGGACUUUUGUUCUGGAUAUUAGCUGAACUCAUCUUAGAAUGUAGAGACAAAAUUGUCCAUGCAAUUUUCCGACUACAAACAUUUGCAGUUUAUAGAAAAAAUUUUUAAUAACUAAAUUGUAUCUAAGUUUAACUUUGUGAAUUUGCAUAAUGUAGUUGGAAUAGUGUAUUUAGCGGACAAAAUCUCUCUCUUAAAUGCAUUCUUCAGUUAGUUUAAGUUCGCCUUCGAAACGGUUAACUUGAAGCUUAAUUUGUGGACGGUGUUACGAUGAAAACACUUUGUCGAUUUGACGCCUUGUUGGCUUUAACCACUGGCGCGCUCAUCAGUUUUCAAUGGUUUAUAAUUUAAAUGUUAAACUUUUGUAACAUUCGAAAGUUGACGCAGCGCAAAGAGAAACAAUAAUUGUGCAUAAAAUGUUAAUGGAAAAUCAGGAAGCCGCUCAAUUUAACAGAUAAUGGUGGCAAAUAAUUACGCGAGUACAAGCCAAAUGAAUAAAAAAUAUCUUUUAAAACAAAAAAUAUAUAUUGCCGUUUUAUUAAGAAAGAGAAUAAGUGAUGUCCUUAGACCAAGGGCCGCGCGACGUUGAAAUACGUUUUCUUGAGAUAAACGAUUCGUGAAAAGGUCAUUGCGGAGAACAAUAAUUAGCGAGGUUGUCCAGCUAUACUGCGCAUGUCACAGAUCUCGGCCUUUGUUGCUUAAUCCAGCUGUACUAACAAAUCGCAUAUAGGUUGUUCAACUUUGACGCACUCUCCUGGAAGAUUCCUCUUUACUCCCACUUGUAUUUUAUGCUGAAUGGUUCAGAGGUUUUAAACUUAAAUUCGCUUUCCCAUUACAAUACCUAACGAAGUAUUUGGCAUCCUAGGUGACAAAGAAUAAAGAUAUACAAUGGUAUGGCUAGUGUGUUCCUCUUAAUUAAGCGCCAACAAAGUGCGUUCUUUCGCUUCGCUUACAUCACUCAGUACUGGCAUAAACCAAAGGGUCUAUCGAGAAGAAUAAGUCUUAGUGUUAGCUAUCCUUUUGGCUUAUUUUCUCUCAGUAUUUUGUAGGGCUUUGUUUAUUUGUACAUGUUACGUUCCUUGUUUAAAGUUGAUAAUCAAGAACGAAUGCAACCAGGAUGUAACCAAAAGAUCUCAGACAAUCAUAUUUGCUUGAAGCGAGCAGCUUGGACUGUUCAGUAAGGCUUCAAAGCCACAAAGCACCGUUAAAGAAUUCUGAAACAGCUCUCCACUAAACUCAGAAGAUGUGCGAACUCUAGUGUUAAUUCUUUAUACUCCCUGACGAAAAUUCACUGCUACAUAGGCCUGAGAUUUUGGGUAAGUUUUGAAUGAAAUCGUUCAUGUUUUCAGGUUUUAUUUUAUUUUUUGUUUCGGUUCUUAAUGCCAAAGAUAACAAAGUUAUAUUACCUCCCGUAGUAGAUUUUCCGCUAAGAAACCCUUAUGUUUAAAAAUUCGCUAAGUGUUUCACAGUAAUUGCUUUAAGAAACGCUCUCUUUAAUUUCCGCGCUGAGUUGUCAUGCAAAUGAAUCAAUUAUCAAAACGAGAAGAUAAAAACAGAAUUAGGUUUAGAGAAUAUUUACCACAAGGCUGCUCGGGAUAAAAACUAAGACACACAAUUUUCUCGGUUUGCCUUUUAACAAAAUACAGGAUUAUCGGCCUAAAAUCCACAGCUUAGAGAGGGAUUUGGAAAUCACUAGUCAAUAGUAUUUUCUUCGUCACGAAACUUAAACUGAUGAAUUUAUUCGCGAUUUUCCUGUUUGUUUCAAACAACAUAAUAGAUUACAAAUAUCUUUGUCAUUAAGUUUUCUUUUAAUUUAAAAACAACAGAAAUGAGUCUUACAUUUCCCGUUUACUGCCUUCCAAAUAUAAAACGUACUCAAGUUUGGCUGAAGAAGUUGUCUUGCGGACUAAAUAUAAGUAAAAAACGGUCCUGAGAACAGAGACACGUGCGAUUUCCAGAACGGUUCGCGAAACCAAGAACAAACACUAAAUAUAUAUUUUUGGAUAAUAGCAUUUAAAUGCUUCAUUAACAAGCGCAAAGAGGCAAAUUGUGCAAGUAUUUCUAAGCUACUAAAUAUUUAUCCAAAAGGCUUCACAAAGUAUGCUUUGCGAUGGUUUUCUUUUUUUUAUUAAAAAAAAUAUAUUUUUUAUACAUUUCUUUUAGAUACUUGAGUGAAGCGAACAUCAAAACGUGUCUUAUGAGCAAGCCUUUCUUUUGUGUGAAAAUGAAACAAAAGACCUCAUUGUGCAAACUCACUUGACAGUUUAACUAUGUUGUUUUUCUUGCGGAAUUCCAUUUUUGGGAAAUUGCAAAGGUGCAUAUUCAGUGCCUAGCAACACAAACUUGUCCUUUGCCGACCGACAGCUUGAACUUUUCGCAAACAGUAUUAAAAACAAACACGAUGUAAAUUGCCAGAGAAUAGUUCUUCUAAUCACCGAUAAUUCAAGGCGAAAACGCUGCUGUGCUUAAUGAUGUAGCGCACAUUUGACCUAUAGUGGCUGGAAUAUAUAGUUUCUACAUCGCAAAAGAGUAUGCUUUAUAACUGUGCAAUCAACUAUUUCAUAAACGUUAUUAUUAAUCAGUACUAUAGCAGGAAAGCGUGGGUGAGAUUCGCUGAAUUGAAAACUCAUGCUUUCUUUUUCUUUCUCUUUGUCAUCGAAGAGCUUCAUUGGCAGACAAAAGAUUUGAAUAAACUCGACAAACAGAGCAUCACUGUUCCCUGUUUAAAAGAGCAAGUCCUUAUAGUACUGUGGCAGAGAAUACAUGACUGAAGAAGCUUCUUGUUUAACACAGAAUGUCUUAAGCAGCGUCUAAGUGAAAAACAGCACUUCACCCGUAGAUUCUAUAUUAUGUACAUGUAUUCUAAACUAAACUUCUCGCUUUUUCGGCAGCCAUGACCUUGUCCACGUGGUUUUGUUAAAAGGACAAUUUGUCACGCGAAAAAGCGAGGUUAAAUGGCGUUCCUGACUAGUAUUCAACAAAAGAAGUCAACACAAUGUUGAGAAAGAACUAGACUGCAGCAAACUAAGUGCUAUAUUUCGCUGUGCGCUUGUCUUUUUUUAAUGUGUGUAUAGAAUCCUUGGCGUUUUUGACUUUAAACAAAAAUGGGACCUUCAAAUGGUGUUUAAAGCUCCUGAAAAGAAAAUUAAAAAAUCAAUUCGGUCUUUAUUGUGGUCUGGCAAAUCAAAAUACAACUGGUAUCUUCGCGGUUGCUAUUUGUAAUCAGUGAAACUUAACCACGAGGCCCUUACAGUUAAGAGACAACUACAGAAAUCAGUGGAGGCAGACAAUACGAAAUCAUACGAAAUACGUGUCGCGAAAGUGAUAAUUCGUGAAGCUAUUUGCUAAUUUGACAAGACAGAUAGUCAUAGGGCAUACUUUGAAAAAACAAUAAUGACAGAAUAUAUGUCCCGUAAGGCUAGCAUGGCUUAUUGUUAAUUACUUAAACAGAGUUUUAAUGAGCUAAGGAAAGAUGAGAGGAAAAGCGAUAAAAUUGGGUGCGCCAGUAGCCCAUAACCCGGAGAGAGCAACUUCCAAGUCCUCGUGUCAAGACGCUUUCACCAACCUGUUUAUUUUUAAAACGAUUUUGGUGCUAAUUUGGAGUAUCAAUAAAGUCCCACAACAGUCAGCAAAACCUAAAGACCUGAAAAUGGCAUUUCUGACCCUUUAGUUUUCCUUUUUCAAAUCUUAUACUUUGAAUGCGCUAGUCUCAUAAAAGGAGCAAAGCUCCCAUUUUCGCGGGAAAAGUACUCUGAUGAUGAUGAUCUAAGUGUCAACUUUAAUAGUGGUGUAGAACCACUAAGCAGGGACACUAAAAUAAAUAAAUUAAUUAAUUAACUUAAGAUGAAAAACCAGAAUGUUAAGAAAUAAGAAAUCAAGAAAAACGUUAUACAUUAUGUGCAAAUAAGAAAUUCGUUAGAACUACAUACAAUAUGUACAAUAUGUAUCCAUAAUAUCAUAUUAAAUUAAGAACUUGAAAUAGAGCAGUUUGAGCAAUUAUAAUCUCCUAAUAGCAUACUAAGAUCCACUUUUCUGAUGUUAUAUUUGAAAGAGGACAACGGGGAAGCUUCUUUCACGUUACCAGGAACAGAGCUCCAUACCUUUGGGUCCAUGUACCUGAACGAGUGCUUUCCAAAGGAGACUGUGUUAAAUCUGGGUAUAGUGAAGUCAUGAUUGCGCAAUUGCAGGCCGGUCCAAUGAAGUGCAAAUGUACCUAAGACAUACGUUAUUUUUAACAUACGUUGUUUUUAACUUUAUACAUGAGAAUAGCUAUGUCCUGUAGUCGCCGGUUUUGUAGAGUAGAUAGCCUAGCCAUAGAUUAAUCUAUUAAAUGUAUCUAAAAAUAAGCCCGUCCGUGAAAAUAACGACGCAAAGAGGCUUAGUAUGUUAGUUUCUCUCUCCGGGUUAUGGGCUGCUAGUGCGCUGUCAGUGAAUUCGGGGGUUCUCCCAUCUGAAGAGAGGCGAAGAUGAUUGUCAUCUCUUUAAGGAAUGCAAAUUACAGAGUUUGGUGUCAAUGAGGCUGUUCCAGAUGGCACCCAAAUAUUUUUACUCAUGUGGGCAUCGCUUAAGGCAUUGUAUGACCAAUGAAAGAAGAAAGAAAGAAAGACUGAACGAGAGAGAUAGAAAGAAAAAAAAGGGAAGGAAGAGAAAAAGAAACAAACAAACAAUUGAAGAGAGGGAAGUGCCGAGCACCGAGCGCCGAGUACAGAUUUCCCCAUUUCAGAAACUAUAAGGGAAAUAGGUAGAUGCUUUCGGCGCAAUGAUGCCUAGGAUCAUUUGCUUUAGGUGAACAAGCGUUUAAUACUUAUGAUUGGUUAAUGGUUGCCUUGGAUACCAUCGACCAAUCAUAACUAAUGCUUGUCCACCCAAAAGAUCCUAGAAAUCACUGUGCUAAAAGCUUGUACCAAUCCUCCCUAGAGUUCUGACGUAAGUAUUCUACUGGCCUAUUGGUCUUCUGUCCGUUUUCUGAUUCUUAUCAUUGUUCAGGGACAAAAUAGAAAACUAACAUAAGAACAAUGAACUCCGUCGACCCCUCCCCCCUCCCACCAAGAGGGUAUUUAACAAAGUUUUAUAAGGGGAGGUUCCACCGCCCCGAGGUCCAACCCUUAACCCUUUUAUAUACCUUCGUUGAUAACUUGUAAAUGUACCGUUUAAAUAUAAAUGAAUCACAAAACCAAAUCUUUUCCUCGACUUUUUCACAGCCAUAAAUGCACCUGUUCAGCAAGUGAAAUUCUCCCGUAUAAGCUAUUAUAGGAAGUACCGCCCAUGCGCGGGGUCGGCCCUGCUUCUACAAAUUGAACUUUGACUUUUUUGGAAACAAAUGAGUUAUAACGAGUACUUUUUUAAUUUUAGUAAUGUAUGAAUAAUAUUAUUAUUCAUUCAAAAUAUUCAAAGUAUUUCCCCAAUUCUGACUGGCUAAAAGAACACGCGUAAUUCACCAUAACCAGUUACUGGUGACCAAAUUUGGAAGAGUUUCCUAGAGGUUUUUCUUGAUUUUUCUUCGCGAAAGAGAGAGCAAGCCACCAGCGGAGUCGCUUCGCGGCUUGCUCUCGCGAAGAAGAAUCAACAAAAACCUCUGGGACUAGGGUAUGUUUAACGAGGAAAUGACCUACAGGUUAAGGCACCGUUACCGAGAAGAUCUGGGGAAAAGGUUGAGUUGUUUUGGUUGUGAAAACAAAAAUGGCGCACACUUCACCCGUUUCAAGAGUAAGAACUACAGCUGGAAAUUGGCGAAAUAAUAGAUAAAAACAUAGCAAAAACAGCAAGAAGACAACACGGAGGGUGAGCGACAUCUGCUGUUUGGUGAAUAUUUGCGGAGCUGGAAAAACCUUAACGUACGCUAUCGAAGAUGAACUUAACAUCGAUGCAGGUAAGCAUGUUUUAGCUAUGUUUUUAAACUAGGAAUUAUUUUGAAUGAAUAAUAAAGCGAUUAAUGAAUUCGGCUUUCGUAGGAUAAGAAGAAUUAAGCAGAUCUCGGAGGGUGUUAACCACCUCAGCCAUAACACCCUCCUCGAUCGGCUUAAUUCUUCAUAUCCUACGAAAGCCGAAUUCAUUAAUUGCUAAAUAAUCUACCCGCAUAAUACGGACAUUUCGUUAUUAUACGGACACUUUCUGGGGUCCCCUCGGUGACCGUCAGUUUGGAGUUCGAAUGUAAUAGAAAGCAAGAGUGACGUGUUGUAGAUUUCAGCGUUUAAAAGCGUCCAAAAACCAUAAGCAGAAAAUUUUAAGGUUUCCAUUACACGGCAGCAGACGAAUUUUCGACCGGUUGAAAAUAUGCGCGUUUAGGUGUUCUGUUCAUACUCUACCACCUUAACCGUACUGAAAUAUAGACGCUUAGCAAUUCAAAGUUCCGUGUGAACGGUUUUGUGCGAUGGACGUGUCCAGUCAAAUUAUUCGGACGGUCAGACUGAUUGGCCCAGUGCCGUGUGAACGUGACUAAGUUGAGGUAGCAAAGCAUUAGCUGUGAACUUGCAUUACACUCUUUCGUUUUAAUUUUGGCCGUCUUCGCAAGUUUUUUUUUGGGACGGGGAAACAAGAUCACACAUUUUUUUCCUUCUUUCAUUCAUGAACUCAGGUGCGGCCGCUAACAAUUACAACUCGCUGCAUUAAACAAAUUGAAAGAACGCAGUUCAUUUCCGUCAUUUUGCUACAAAACAGGUACGUUUUAGCGGAAGACUUUCAUUUGUGAUCAAAGAAGUGGAUUACCUGAUUCAAAGAAGUGUCAAGGGACCGAAAAAAAUUGUGAUUACUUAAAAUCAGAUGGGUGUUAAUGAUAAAGGUACCUUAUAACUGAUGCCAAAAAUGUCAUUCGUCACUUAGUUAGACUGCAUAAAUAACAGUCUGUAUUUUUGUGUACGUCAAAAAUGAGGCCGGCUUUUUUUUCUCUCCCUCAAUAAAGGCUUGCGCGUUACGCGGGGAGCGUAAAAAAAUGUUUUGCUUUUCGAAUUCUGGGCAACUUCUUAUGUUACUAGACAAUAGAUAGUGUUCAAAAAUUAUAACAGAUCAAACUGGCAAAAUGCAAUUGAAACUCCUUUGAAGCACAUUUUCUGUUUUAUGGUUUGGUCAAAACAGUCACAUACGGUCAGUUUUCUAAACAUUUCUUCGCACAUCGAGAAAAAAAUUGUGGGGCGCUAUCCUCAUUGGUAUGCCUUUGGUUUGAAAAGGCAAUUCAAGUGGUCAGCGGUGGGUUGAUAAUUCAAAAUGGCGGUGUACCACUCCCCCCGUACCAGAUAAGGGUUGACAUACCCCGACAAGAAAAAUAGGAACCAACCCCGCUGGUUGUACAGAACGUCCGUGGAACAGCCGAUCUUAAUGUGUCUGCAACUCGUUUAAGCAGGCUAGGAUUGAAUGCUGAAGGAACAACGAAAAAGGGUUUUUUGGCAGGUUAAUUAACAACUUCUUGAGGAAAAUAUGAAAAGCAACGUGAAGAUUUUAACAUUUUGGGGGUAACUUUUGAGCAACAUUUAUAUUUUGGGGGCAAUUUUUAGCAACUUUUUGAGAAAUUUUGAGCAUCUUUUUAAAAAAAUUUGGACAUCUUAACGCCCUAGAAUCCCUCACGCCGGCGCUUCGUUCGCGCCUUGCAAAAGCGAUUAAAAAAAUACAAAACCUACUGCUUCACAGUCUAAGUGGACCCCAGUGAAUAAAGAAUUACGAAGGGAUUGGAUUUGCAAUGAGGUGUGUUAUGUCAAAGUCCUCUUCCAUAAGUUUUAAUUGUUAUAAAUGAGGCCAAUACCACAAGAAUUUGGAUAUUUUUGAAAUUAAAUCAUAUAUUUCUUUUUUAGUUUUACACAAACCGGACUUCCGUCCACAUCUUUUUUAAUCGCCCCCUCCCCCCCCCCCCCCACAGUCGAUUAAUCAUGUGAAAAAGGAAUACCCAGGGGGCGCCCCCGGCUUUUUCCUCGGGGGAAGGGACCCCCUAAGACAGGCGGUAACGCUUUGUUGUGGAAAAAAAAUAUAAAAAUGAAAUAGAAAAGAAAAGAUUUUUCACCAGCGCAAAAAAAAACGAAAAAGCAUUAGAUUUGUAAUAAGUGGGUGUUUUGUUAAAAAGACCCUUCCUAAAAUUUUAUUUUUUUUAAAAAGACCCAAAACCAAAAAAAUUUGUGUUUUUUUUAAAUUAAAAAAAUUUUUUUUUUUUUUUUUUUUACACAACCCCCCUUCCCCCCCCACUUUUUUUAUACCCCCCCCCCCCCCCCCCCCCACCAAAGAGUCGAAUCUGGGUAAAAAGAUAUGCCAGGGGAGGACCCAGGAUUUUUCUUAGGGGGAAGGGCACCACUAAGGAAUGGCGUAACUGACUGGUGACGUAAACAAAUUAUAAAAUCGAAUACGAAGAAAAAGACUUUUGACCAGGCAAUAAAAUAACGUGAACUACUGAGAAUAUAUAUCAAACGAUACAGCAGAUUUUGUAUAACUGUAUUAGGAAGCCACAGGUCAUCUCGAGGGGGGGGGGGGUGAGCACACCCUGUACCCUCCCCCUAGAUCCGCCCAUGUAUGCGGUUUUAAAAAUGUCCUGAUUCGUGUGGACGGAACCUGGGUAGCCUGUGUUGCAGCCGACCCACGUACCGUCUACACCAUUGGUAGUGUCUAUACGCUCUAUACAGGCGGCUGCAACGACGCAGGCUAGGCCUGAGUUAGGGUGCUUUCCAUUUGUCAGAACUGACCGGCCAGACCAUUCCCGUCGCGAUGAGAAUUUCCCUUUUAUAAUCAAAACUCUCCAGCCAGAUGAGUCAAAUCCUAAAUAGUAUGCACCAUGGAGAUGAUUUUUCAGCAAAAAAUCUUGGAAAAAGCCUAUUUCAUUUUCAAACUGACUGGUCAGGCUAUAGUCCGGCCAGCCAGUUCUGAUAAAUGGAAAGCCGCGCCCUUAUAGUGUCAUUCGUUAAACCGUAAAAUCCAGAUAUACGUUACGUUAUAUCGGGAUCUUGUUCUGUAUGAUUGUAACGUCACUGUAUGUCCGAUCGUCCAGCCUGGGCAUGCAAGCCAAUGUAAAGUGUCACAUUCACCGGUUUUAAUGCUGCGUUUUUGUCGAGAAAUUGUGUAAAUUGCAAACUGACCUGUAGGACCUGUAAGGGGAAUAAUGAGAUGUUCAAAUUUCAAUUAUUCCCGCUCGAAAAUUACUUGAUCCCAUUAUCCCAGUCAAAAAUAAUGAUUAUAUAUUCCUUUCGGGAAAAAAACUUCUGACUUCUGACAAAGGAAACCGUUAUUCCAUCAUCCCCCGACUGAAAAGGCCUCAUUAGUUGACGUAAAUAUUAACUUCUGUAUGAAUUUAUAUCAACUGAUGAGUUUCGAAGGUGGCCUUUGCCUUUCUCUGGAGAAGUUUCGAAAUAUUCAGAUAUAAGCAGGUUGUAAGGUAUUGUAACGUCUAGAAAAAGUGUUUAUGAGAACAUGGGAAGUGGUUUUUCCUGUUUAGAAGUUCUCUAGGAACAGGAAUUCCGUGGAGAACAGCUGAAAUAUAGUGAGAUUGAAAUACUUUGAAACUUUUCGAAGGUUAAUUCUAACCUCCAUUUUUGCCGGUUGACGGUUAAUUUUUAGGCCCUUUGACGGCUGACGGAAAACCCCAUUAAGACCCUCAUUUGACACAAGUUCCAUUCGUUCCCUUCUUUCGCCAAGAUUUAUGGCAGCCCAGAGCCUGGAGCUGGUGAAUCCUUGUGAAAACUCGAGAAUGGGGCAGCCUGCGAAAACAGCCGAUAUUUGGCGACGCUACCAUUGGUUUCCCCGCCAAAUGGCGUCUAAGGAAAGAGCGUAGAAAUUCCAUACUGAUGACGCCUCACUACCCAGAUCUGGGUAGUGCUUCUAAUUGGUUGAAUCAAAUUUCCCGAGAGGCACGACCAAUCAGAAGCACCCGGCCCAGAUCUACGUAGUGACGCGUCAUCUGUAGUGGAUUUCUGUGCUCGUUUCUCAGACGUCAUUUGGCGGGAAACCCAAUGGUAGCGUCCCCAAAUGUCGCCUGUUUUCUCAGGCUAAUGGGCUCCUGAUUUCGAGCUAUCUGAAAAAAAUUCCAAUGGAAAAAAGGGACUAGCUUUUCAACGUUUCACGUAUUCCGCUGAAUCUUCCAAUUGAAUUCCCGAGAAACGUGUGUUUCAUUUAUAUCUAAACCGAAAUUUUCUGAAUCUCUUGGUUAAUGAAAAGUGUUCUCUUUCUUCUCGCUGUCCUUUGUUUCUCUGUUAGGAACUCCCCGCCGGGGUCUCAGAGGAUGCUAACUUAUUAACAAAGAAUGACAAAUGAAAAGGAAAUGGAUGUUUGUAAAACAAAUCAAAUUAAAAUUGGUCACUCUCUAAUAAAUUCAAAUUAAUUUGUGUAAGAUUCGUUUCUGAAUAUACAGAAUGCUUCUCGGGUGAUAUGACAUAUGAGUGACAGUUCUUGCAAUUCGUUCAAGGAUUCGGGUCCUAAGGUCGAUAUGAUUAUAAUUAAUGACAAAAUGAAAUGAAGGUAAUGUUAGAAAUUCGCUUUGGUGUUCAUAGUCGGCUACUAAUAAAAUCUAAGUGAUAGUUUUCUUCACGGCAAAUAACUUUGUUAAAACUAGGUAAGACAUUAAUUCUUCUUGGCAUUUUACAAUAAAGGAUGAACUUUUUUUUACCGGAGUACUGUAUGGUUUUUUAGUUACGUAAAAGAAAACGAAAACUGAGUUAUAAAAUAAAGGCAAAGGACACCAUUUGCAAACCAAAUACUUGAACUCAAAUAUAUACACGCGUAUCCGUUGAGUUAUCGGAGAACAAACGUCUCUAACUUAUAAACGAGAAACUGGAAAAUAUUUGAAAUCCUUUUUUUCCAGCCACUGUAGCCAUUUGGUUUUAAAUGUGAUUUAUAUAUGUGUUUUAUAUACGUUCCUACUAUUUUCUUUGUGUGUAAACAGUAUAAUCUUAUGAGAAAGAGUAGAAAACAUUUUCCCUCAAUUAUUCUUACCACAUUUACUCAAAGUCAAUGCGCUCAAGUUUAAUUUUUACCGGUCACUUAGAACUUUUCAAAACUGAUAUUACUAAUUUUUAGACGAAUCGCAAAGAAUAUAGUUAACACGCAUAAUGCGUUAUGUAGACGAACUAAGAUAAGACGGCCGCCAUUAGUGAGCAAACUCUUGCCUAUUUCUUCGCAGACGGAUUAUGUAGUACAACAACAGCUAAUAAAUGGAUUCCACUUUAACGUAAAUGAAAUUUGUACUUCGCGUACAGUUUCCCCACUGAUCAGUAUUCUUUCACGGCAUUCGCCCGAACCUUUCGUCGCUAACUCUUUUACUAUUCUUAAUUCAAAUUUUUGAUUUAUCGGUAACAUUAAGCUUUUUUAAUGAAUGCAAAUUUCAAGAAAUCGAGGACUGAAUCCUCUCAUAAGCUGUUACGUAUACUGACGGUUAAAAUUUUGUUCUGAAGGAAAUUGUCUUGAUAACCGCGUGUAGCGUAUUGUUUUACAGUGAGAAAUUUCCUGAUUUGGACGCCUGCAUUUAUCCAUAUCGUUUCCAGGCCAGAUAAUUACGGUCCAUUAAUGUUUGAGAUAUUUGAAAAGAAUAAAUCUUUUUGGCAACUCAUUGAAAAGUGAAAAAAUUAAGGAUCGCUUUAAAAGCCACUAUUACUAGGAAACAGACAACCGAGAGUACAAAAAGAACUUUAAGUUUCGCUGAUUUAACAAUGCAUUUUGUUGAAACAUCUGAACAGAAUUCCAUAGCUUUUGUUUUCCCAGACCUUUUGUUCUCGCAUCAAAAGACAAUUUAUUUAAGCCAUUCACGGAAAGACAAAACCGCCGUAGUACCAGCGAAGUCGUGGUCCUCUCUCGUUGCUUUAGUAUACCAGUUAACGGAUACGAUGACCAUAUAUACCUGAAGACUCAACUGCUUGUCUCAGAAUUUAAAGGUGAAGCGAUGCUGAUUUUAAUAUUCUGGCGUUAAGAGACCGCUCUGAGAGACCUAGAAGUGCAGUCAUAUGUCAGUCCUUUGGAACACUGUGUAAUAUUUUUCUAGUUCCUGUGGGAAAAUAGGAAGAACAUCGUAUGGUUAAUUUUGAGAGAAAUACUCCGAUAAAACAGUACAUUUAAAAAGAAACACGUACGACAUAGUUUAUCUUACAUGACCAUUUUUAAUAUAAAUUCAAUUUUACCUGCAAUGAUCGAAUGUUUUUCUGAAUUGCCUCAGGCAUAACCACUUUUUGUCCAAAAGAAUUUCUGCCUUUCGCGAUUAUGUUAUUAUUAUUUUCAUGACUUUGUGUUUCUAAGAGUGGAGUUUGCAAUUUUUCCCUUCCUUUUAUUUUACACACGCCCAAGGAUAACCAACUUUCAGCGACAUUAUAAAAUAAAUAAAAGUAAAACCCAAGAGUAGAAUUCUAAUACAAGGCUGUCAGUUUUGUCUGAGGGUUUUGCAUUUUAAAUGCAACAUCUUUACUAUUCAUUCAAUUCCGGCCGUUUAAAUCGAUUCGCUUUCCAUUCUCUGACUGAGAUAGUGCGCCGGACACCAAAUCCUUUAGUUGUUUCGUAACAUUUACUACGCGGAGAGCAGGUAGAUUUUACCACCAGUUAAAAAAGCACGUGCAUCAUUUCAGGUACUACUAACUAAGAAAAAUUAAAAUUUUCUUGUUUAAAAAUUUACGACUACACACUGUACUCACCUUAAAGCUCCGACGUAUUUAUGACUGACCAGCGACCCAGGUUGUUAUGUUCUUACACUCAUUUUCCGAAUUUUCCCCAGAAUUGCUGGUCAUUGAAUCGUGUUCUGUUAUGAGAUCUUGUAAAUGUUUAAUAUAAGCUACUGCACAGCGCAGAGUCUCGACCUUGGACAGUUUCUUCUUUUCCGGAAAAUACGGAAUAUGUUGGCGAAGACACGAAAAUCCGUCGUUAACCAUCCGAACUCUGUUCCUCUCGCGUUCAUUUCGACGCGCUACGGCGGAAGGGUCCACCUGAAAGGCCAAACUCGCGGGCACGCAGGCCUUUUUCUUGGAGCGCUUUUUUACAAGUUCGUCAUCUGUGCGUUCGUCCGCUGGCAGAGACCUUUUCCUGUUCAGAAGCAAGACGUCUGUGGUUUUAAUAUCGCGCCGCGAGGAUUCACUCGUAUCAAACAAGCCGUUCACAUUUUCGGCCAAAACUAGAAUGUCUCCGCCUGAUUUCGAAUCCAUCUCACUCUCUGGCGUGUAUGUACCAUUUAAAAUCUGACUCAGAUGUGAAAAGCCAAUCCGGUAUCACUAACUAAUAACAAAACUCAGAGGCUAUUUACCAGUUCUCAUGUAUAAUUUAUUUCUUUGUUGUGUAAAUCCUAUCUUUAUGCGAAUUGAGGAAAGUACCGGAUGCAAACAGUCCUUUAGUAUGUCUUAUUCGCCGCGCCACAGAAACUCUCCAAGAACAAAAGAAAUGAGAACCUAGCAAAAUUCACAUGCCUUAAAUUUUUCUUCUCAGAAUUAAUGAUGAGGCAGCCAAACAAGCUGCUCAUUUCCAGGCGCAAGUGUUAAAUGUUUCAUUUAACGUUCCUAAAUUAAACAUUGAUUUUAUAUAUUUUUUUUAGUAAAAGAAAACGACAAGCUUACCAAUUAAAAAACGUUUUAUCUUGACCCACAAUCAAAAUUCAUUUCUUGAUAUAAAGUCGCACAAUUAGCGACGAUCCAAUUAUAAUUCUUCCUGCUAAAUGUUUCGUUCCGAUUCCAGAGUAGAUAUUUUUGCCACAGUUUGAUUUAUUACGAAAAAAAAAACCAGAUUGUUUACUUUUAUAGAUAUCUCUUUAAGAAUUAUUCAAUUAACUCGUGCUUUUAUGAAAGCGAGCAGGUGUUUAUGAACGCAUAACUCUUCUAUUGAAUUGCACAGUGGCGUUUUAAUGAUGCAUACGUGCGUGCGUACGUACGCCUUUUUGUUUGCCAGAUAGAGCAGGAAUUGAGUGUAUAGUGGUUAGAUAUUCAUCAGAUGUCCUGAAUGUAAAGGGAAAAAGGGCGCAUUGGAGGGAGAGGGGAGGGGGGGAAGGUAAGCGAAGAGAUGGAUGACAUUUAAGACUAAUGGCUAUACACGAAGUCCGCAUCGACGACUUGGUUCUAUUCGAUUCUAUCGAGAAGGCUGUUAAGGCCCCGUUACAUGGAAAACAUUAGAUAACAAUGUCCUCAACCAGGUUGUGGCGUCCAGCGGUUUUAAUGAAAACAAAGGUAGGUACUUCAUAUAUGAUUCCUAUAGUGUACCGAGACAUAGAUUCUUAUAGUGUACUGCGUCUAGGUAAGUGAAGUAGGCCAAGACAGUAAAGCAACCCAAGACACACAAGCAAGACAAGUACCUCGGUACACUAUAGGAAUCAUAUAUAAAGUACCUACCAAAGCAAGGGUUUGGGUGGGGUGCUCAGUCUCGCGGGCUCAAAAACCUGGUCUCGGUCAUUCUUAUUUAAGGAUUUUUCCGUUAUACACGAUCAGAGAGAGAGAACGAACUCAUCUGAGGGCGAGGUUGAAUUGGACACUAAUAAAGGCAAAAACACCUUAAAUCGACAAACCGAAGUGAAGUGCCGAAUAUUGUACAAACCUGGAUAAGUAAAAAAUCGUGAGCUUUGAUCUAGUGUCAUUUAACUGCUUUUCUAUCAGACAUUUGUUGCCCCUCAAAAAACGACGGGUUCUGCAUGCGAGAAGAGAAAACAAGAAGAGAAAAAGAUAUGUGUACAAAAGUGACGUUGGUACAUGCCAGUCCUAAAUAUGCCGCGCUCCUUUUAUUGAUAGAAACGGGUACCAAAUACAAGAAGAUGCUUCUUGAAGAGCUUUGAUCCGGCUUCUUGAUGAGCGGAUGGGAACGUGGAAAAAAACUUCAUUUAUUUAGAUUAGCUUAUUUUCCAUGAGAAAUUUAAAGAUGUCGGUUUUUAUCAAAUGAGUCUGUAAGAUGGCCACUGAGGGAUGGAGAUAACGUUAGUGCUUCGUCAAUUCGCUUUAGAUCUGACGGAGGGCUUCCGCUCAGCUUCUCCUACGGUGGCCAAUCUGCCUUAUGAACUGUCAGUUGAUAACACCAAAUUUGCGGAAGCAGCCACCCCCGGGGUGGGUGGGUGGGUGGGGGACUUCGCAUAUGAAAGGGUGGAGAUGCUCGUAGGAAAUUUUGAAUUAAACAACUAAAGGAGACCGAUCUGGGCGUGGACCAAGCUUUUCUUGACCCCUAAAAGAGAUCAUGUUAAAACACAGACAAAUGAGAAAACUUGGAUUAUAUGAAUGGAGUAAAUAAAACGAAUUAAAAAUAUACAUAUCAAAUAUAUAUAUUUAUAUUUUUUCGCGUGCAACCCUAAACGAGACCUUCACGGCUAAAUAUGAUGGCGUUUUGCCCAGAACACCUUAAGUGAGACCAAAAUCCGAAAUUUACACCCCUAAGCGAGACGACGAGCAUCCCCACCCCUUUCAUUAUGCGCAGUCCCCCCCCCCGGGCGGCCAUCUACAAAAAAAAAACAAAAAUUUCCCAGUAAAAUUACUGCAAUCGCCAACUCUUGUAAACGACCACCUCUUGUAAGCGACCCUGACCACUGUUUAGGAUGACGGCCUUAGAAUUUUCCUUCUUUUUAUCCUCCUGUGUUUCGAACGUUACGCAACAGUGCCCGAUGGUCAUAUUUCGAGCUUGGACCACCUGUGCUAGAAAGAGACUCCUUGUGGUUCGAUCUCGUAAGGGACAACUAAAUCUUCGCAUCCCCAGUCGGUGGUCGCUUACUGGAGGAGUUCGCAAAUUAUUGUUACAGUUGAUUCAGGGGCGGAUCCAGGAUUUUUUUUAGGAGGGGGUGCACUCGUCUCUUGCUCUACUUCAACACCAAUAAACCACAUAGUUUUUUUUUUUUUUCAGAAUAGCCGUUGUAUUAAAAAACCGCAGGUCAUCUUUGGGGGGGGGGGGGGUGGGCCCCCCCCCCCCCCCCCCCCUCCACCCCCCCGCGGGGCUUGCCCUUCCUCCCCACCUGUUUAAUAAUAGUCUUGUUGCAAACGAAGACCCAAACACUUUAUUUAGGUGGGUGUGGGGGGUGUUCUGUCUUUUUUUUUUUUGGGGGGGGGGUUCUCGUUUUGUUCUUUAUAUAACCACAAAUAACCACCUUUUUUUUUUUUUUUUGACAGGGGGGCGGGGUUUGAAGAACCCCCGUGGCAUCUGCGGGGGGGGGGGGGGGGGGUGCGCACCCCCUGCACCCUCCCCCUAGAUCCGCCCCUGUGAUUUUCCGUUAUUUAUCGUGAUCAUUUCUUUCUAUCUAGUUAUUAACCUAUUUUAUUUUAUAUAAAACACCAUGUACUGUUUCUUUUUGGCAGUUGCCUGAUGAUUGCUUCUCAUGAAGCAUGAAACUCUGAGUAGCAAGUAAAUGGUUUUGACCUAGUUCAAGUCUACGUAUAUAUAUAUAUUAAAUCUAUUUUAUUAUGUUCCUUUCUUUUUUAUGCAAGAUGCAAGACCAUCGAUGUAAAUGGUAUUGAGAAAUAAACAUUUUUGUUGUUGUUGUUGUUGUUGUUGACUGUAUUUCACUCCACCACCGACGCAACAUCAAAGUUCUUUAAAAACUAACCCUUCAUUCUUUCAAGAGAAAUUCCCGACGAAUAGUUUAGUAGAGACGUUUUCACUCCCGUCUCCAGCCUAUUCCCACGCAUCAAUACUCUUAUCGAAGGAUUGGUACUAUUCUAUAGCCUACCUCGAAGAGUGAAGAAAUAUUGUAGAUCUCAUGGUCAUUAUUUUCCUGGUAAAUCUUCAGUUUAAUGGUCUUUAAUUUUAAGUAGUACUCAAACUCGCCGUGCGAACCACAGCACGAUUUCAAUUCUGAGUAUCAUAUUUUCAAGUAUACGAACUUGAGGCAGUGCAAGAAAGAAUGUCUCGGCUUGGGCAGUGAUUACAUUCAACUGUGUCUUAACGGACACAUCUACAAGACGCACGGACACCUCUUUAAGACGGACGCUUUUAAUAAGACAGACACCUAGUGUUGGUCCCUGCCGUUAAUGUUCUUCAGUCAUUUUACUGUAAUUAUACUCUCUAUAAGACGGACACCUGGUGUUGGUCUCCGCCGUUUUUCAGUCAUUUUACUGUAAUUAUACUCUCUAUAAGACGGACAUCUCUCUAAGACGGACAACGGACACUUUUGAAACCGUCAACGGACAAUUGUGAAGUGCCUUAUGUACUGAGUAAAUAAUACCUAAUAAUAAUAAAUAAUACCUCAAAAUGUUGUUGUUCUACAUGAAGUAAAUUGCAAAAUGUUUGAUAUUUUUAAGUCUUGCUCCAGUUCGAAGAGUGCAUACUGUUACGCUCUUAGACCACGAAGCCGUGAACGUUUGCUUGAAAUGAACGUUUGAUUGCACAAUGAGAAAAUAAUUGCUCUUUCUGUUACAAUGUUCCAGUCUUAGCUGUUUUGUGUUAGUUAAACCGACGUGUAUUCAUUGCCAAUAGGUUCAACUUUAAAAUUACUGGUGUCACGUUACCUCGAAUCCCUAUAAGAUGGACACCUCUCUAAGACGGACAGUAAGGGCAGAUCCCGAAGGUGUUCGUCUUAGAAAGGGUUGACUGUAUUAAAAAACACAAGAAGAACGGGCCCUUCCUCUUACCUGGUAGUCCUUGGUAGUCCUGUGCGAGCUCGCUUAUUGUUCCCAGUUCCCGCUCAUACUUCCCGCUCUUUUUCAAUGGAAAAGGCCUGUCGGAUUUUGCCUUCGUCGACCGGGAGAGCGACGUAUGGUUUAAUCCAGCUUGUUUUGCCGUGAGUAGUCCGUAAACCUUCUUUUUUUCAAUCCAAAAAUAUAGUUAGUGCGCUGAUGUGAUAUAAAAAGCCGUAUAUAUGAUAAAAACUCCACGCACGGUGACCAUUAUUUCACAUAUCAAGCUUACAGUUUAAAUAGGCCCGGUUCAAACGUCGAAUUUCACAUGUGCCGAACUUAACGGGAGAGUUAAUUGCAUGUGAAGUGCGACGUUUGAAUCGAUUAAAUUCGACUGUUUAAAUUAAAUGCGACGUUUGCCGUAUGUGCGACUUUAACAGUCGAAGAUUCAACUUUAAUUAGGUUCGAUUUUGAUUCAAACGUCGCAUUUCACAUGUGCCGAACCUAAUGCAUGAAUUUUAGUAAAUUAUUAUUAUAUUACUGGGAAUAUAAUAUUGACAGCAAACACAGUUAAUUUCGACAAAGUUCAGAGAGUUAAAUUCGACGUUUGAAUCAAGUUUCGUAUUUAACUAUUUUAGUCGCCUAAAAUAGGAAUAAUUAAGCUCGGCACAUGUGAAAUUUGAUGUUUGAACCGGGACUAAGUUUUUUUGAUGUUACCUAAACUGUUUAGGUUACAUCAUUUAGACUUAAGUCUUCUAUAUGAUUUUUUAACCAGGUUAAUGAGAAAUAUCAGUUAAAGCUUUGAACUGGCUGAACAUUGGUCUGUUUUAAAAUGUGUAACAUUCAGUUUUCGAUGAGAUAACAAACUCAUCCUUGUGAAAGGUUUGAACCCAGGAGUCAUUUCAAAAGGUUGAGUUUGAUCGUCCUGGUGAACGUAGUCCCGAAUAGGACUGUUGUUGUUGACAGUGACUGACGUUUCGACAACCUGUGCGGUAGUCAUCUUCAGAGUCCUUCUCGCGAUCGGCUUCAGAUUUUUGCCAGCCGAGCACACUAACAGAAAUUCAUUUCAACAGAUCCUGAUCUAGAGAUGCAACAUCAUGCCAUCAAUAGCUGGUAAACAAGAAGUGCCCAGUACAUUCUCAUUUGAAAGUGUGGAAGAUGUAAAAGUUGUGGAAUUUUGCCCAUUUGAGAGUGCGGCAGGCGUGAUUGCUUACUGUGGGGAAAACAGAGUAUCUGUGGGCAUGUGUCUUUUUCAAGAGGAGUCCCAAGAUAGUCACCUUCCUUUGUUACAGUUUCAGCACAUUACAGACUUUCACCAUGGAACAAGCGUUCAUGCACUCGCUUGGUCUCCAAAAACAAAUGUCCAACACUUGCCAUAUUCCUUUCAGUAAGUACAGAAAGUAAUGGUUUAAUAAAUAAUAGCAAGCAUCCCAUCUCCUCAACCCCACUGAGCAUUAAUUGUUGGGAAUUUUGCAAGUUCUUUGUUCCCAUGCUGGUGAUGGUGAGGAAUUUAUUGUCAAAGGUUUGUGUGGUGGUAGGGAAUUUGUCAUUCUUGAUUUUCAUAUUUUCCACCACUUUUACAAAGGAAAAUGAUCAAUAUCAUAUAAGGAGUACAUGUAAGCAGAAUGUGGUGGGGGUUUACUAUGCUCAAACAAAACCUAAACAAAGUCCUUCAGAGCUAAGUUUGUUACUUUCACUGGUCAAAGUUAAAUGUAUUACCAAAAUAUUUUUAAAAAAAAUACUAAGACUGCAUAAAGUCUACAUGCAAAAAGUGCAUGAACCUACCAAAAAGAGUAAAACAAUUAUGUCAACACUAAAACUAUAAAAAUUACCUAGACUACUUAAAUCGUAAAAAACUGGUAUUUUGGAUGAUUUUUGCUCUAAUUUUUCCACAUAAAAUCACAAAAAAGCUUUCUGAAAUAAAAAUGUCUUGAGUGUCUUUUUAAAAGAUGCUACUGAGGGGCUACUCCUAAUUGAAUAGGGCAAUGAAUUCCAUAGUUGAGGAGCAGCAGCAGUAAAAGAUCAAUCUCCUAACGUUGUUAAAGUCUUGAAUUUCAAAGGGUUUAGUAGCAGUCCAUCACAAUCGGAGCAUAACUUGUAUUUACAUGCUUCUUUAAGACUAGUAAGUUCCUGGAGAUAAAAAUUCGCUAAGCCAUUGAUAGCCUUAUACGUUAACAAUAAUAUCUUAAAGUCAAUUCGGAAUUUAACCGGCAGCCAGUGCAGAUUAUACAGCAACUUUCUUACAUGGCAGUAUUUGGAUUCCAGGAAAAUUAACCUAGCGGCAGCAUUUUGGACCCUCUACAGCUUAUUAAGCUGGUAAGCUGGCAGGCCAUAGAGCAAGCUGUUACAAUAGUUGACACGACUUGAGACAAAUGCAUGAAUGAGCGUCUCAGUGGACCGCCUAGAAAGAUAUUUCCUAAUUCUUCUUAUAUUAUACAAGUGAUAAAAAAGGUCCUCCAAGUGUUUGAAAACUGAAACUGGUGAUACUGUCAGGGCUAUUUGUCAAAUAGAAGCACAUUAUAUGGUGAAAAUAUAAACAUACGAGGUAAAUUAACUACCUUUUUUAUACAUUGUUGUUUUGGUGAACAAAAUCGUUUUAAUAAAAAAACAAAAAUGCCUUGCGGUGGAUGGUGGCCCAGGGGGCUGGUUGUAAAGCCUCCCCCAGCUUUUUUUUUUCUCAGUGUCAUUACUUCAGAUCACUACCUAGCCAGCUCUUACACUUGGCCUCUUCUCGUUUUAUCCAGGGCCUAACACUUAUUCAAGUUGCCAAGUACCGUAAAUCCUCUUUUAAGCCCCCCAGAGGCCUUUUUUAUUUCAAGCCCAUUUGAGGGGGGUGGGAGGGGGGGCUUAAAAGAGAUGGGGGACUUAUUUAAUUUAGAAAAGAUGAUGGUAUCAGUUCUGCAUAAAGGACUAGAAUACAGUGUGGAAAUGCUCAAGUGCAAGAAGGUUGGAGGUCAUGCAGCCGAGGAUCAGAAUCAAAUCCGAACUUCCAGUUGGUAAUUAAACCAUCCUGGAUCAGUCCACACAAAGUGUUACGGUCGUGACUGAUUAUUAAUACAGUCUAUCAUUUAUUAGUGAAGAAUAACUAGGGCAGAGGAUGGGGGCGUAAUUGAGAGAGACGGCUUAUUAAUUUUCUUCCACUGAAAAGGUGGGGGCUUAUUAGAAGUUGAGAGGGGAUGCUUAUAGAGGAUUUACGGUAUAUGCAUUACUGGUACGCAGGGAAUUGACCAGCUUGGAAGUCCUUUUGGUUCUACGAUUCUAUCUUCCUUUUGCUUCUCCUGAAAGCAGCUGGGGGCAAGGCUUAUGUUAGCCGAGGGAAAUCCCAUGGUUAAGGGACCAUGUUUUUCCAUUAUAAAUAAAGUUAAUCUUAGAUUUUGUAAUGAAAGUUCUACCUUGUUAUUGUCUGAUAGAAAGUUUGCUUUCACUUAGGUUUUGUACGGCAGGGGAUGACAAAAAGCUACGCUACUAUGUGUCCGAUGGUAGAAACUCAUCAACAGUAACACUUUUGGAAGGACAUCUAAGUUACAUCAAUGACUGUGUUGUUGAGCCAGUUUCUGGUCUUGAAGUUGCUAGUGUCAGUGGUAAGUAAUAGCAAUGAUCUGUUUUCUGACCUCAUCUGGGAGUUUAAUGGGUAUUUAUUUAAGCAAAGGCUUGCUUUUUUUCCUUUGGAAAAAAGGGUUUCAAUGUAUAGUUUUACUCAAUUAUUUCAAGUUGCUGUCAAAAUAAUCAAUGUGUUAACUAUCCUAUUAGUAUACUUAUGAAUAUCAACAUGAUAUUUAAUGGAUUUUAUUGUGCAGAUGAUCACACUUGUCGACUGUGGGAUUUAGAGACUGGAACACAGAAAACUUGCAUUCCCCUUAGCUCUGCCGGAGUGAGUGUAAAGUGGCAUCUUCGUGAACCAAACAAGGUACGAAAGUCAAAUCUCUAAAACAUAAAAUAAUUAGUAUAAAUAGUAUAAUCUAAUCAUACUUCGUGCAGUGUUGUUGGAGCAGUUUUCUUAAUGACUUGUCCUAAAGCCUUGGGAAAAGAUUGAAACAAGAUGAAGGCAUGGUUGGGAAAAAUGCUUCUGAUAAACAAUAGUUUCUGUUUACAAAUUACCUUCAAAGGAAUACUAAGGACGGGAGAAUUUGACAUCAGAUCAAGAGUGCUUGAUAGUUUGGACAUACCCCUUCAAAAGGGUUUGUCAUGUCCUGUAUGCCGUCACCAGGGUAUGGAUAAUUUUUGUGUGAAAACAAAAGAACCAAACAAUACAACUCCUAGUACCUUGAAGACUUGUAGGAUUCAUUAUUUUUUGGCAUUCCUUUAUUUGGCUAGGUAAAGGAUGAAGUAGUAUUUGCUGAUUUUCAUUUGUGGCAUAGGCCACUCUGAAAAAUACAAUAAUGUAAUAUGUUUGGGAAGGCUUCAUAUCUAUACCUCACUUUUGCAUUAUCUUUUGUGCACGAUUUGCAGGUGCAGUGCGUCAGUUUCAAAAAUUUGCUCACUAAGUGUAUAUGCAUACAAAUACAAUGUUGCUAAGGUUCAACAUAGACCAGUACCUAAGUUUUCUUAAAAUUUAAUAGGGUGCAGCAAUGAGAGAAGUGAGGUGGAAGGAGCACUCUUUUAAUCAGCUACAGGUUCUAGUGAAAGCCUCUAAAGUGUACUCUGAAUUUUUAUUGUGCCAUUAUAACAAAAUAGACCAGAAUAAUUACCCAUUAUAGAUAAGUAUGUUUCUUUUUGGAAGUUGGUCAUUGCACUUGCAGUUCGUGCAAAGAUCAAAGGGUAAUUUGAACGCAUUUACACGAAGCACUACCCAAAUGGCAAUUUGAGAGUAUUAUGCAGUUUUUCGAAGUGGCCUAUUGAAUGCACCCUCUUUGUUCCAUCACUUCACUCUAGAACAAAUUCUUUAUUAAGUUGAUCUUUCUGUUAUCCAACAGCUGAUGGUAGCACAAAAGAAUGGCCUUGUUCGAUUUUACGACUUGGUCAGCCAACAGCCCAUCAUGUCACUGAGCACAGAACAGCUCCCUCUGAUCUCUGCUGACUGGUGCUCAACAAAUGAUCUGAAGGUCGGGGCUGUUGCAAGAGAUGACUGGCUCAUUUGGGACAUGUCCAAAUCAAGGUGUGUUGGUCUGUGUAGGCUUUAUAAAUAACAGUGCGUAAAAUGGGAGAAUUAUUAUUAUUAUUAUUAUUAUUAUUAUUAAUAGGACUGGGUUAAGUCCAAUUCGGUUUGUAAUCAUAUGAGUGAUUAACAAAAUCGGACGAUCAUACGACCGCAUAGCAGGAGUCCGAUUUGUUUAAUCUUGAGUAUGAUUACAGACCAAAUUAUUGGACAAUACGAAGUUCUGUUACCAAUUAAUCACUACAUGAUAACUAUUAAAUUAAAACACAGGAAAUUCCAAGAGUUUUUUGGCUGGCAGUGAAAAAAGCCAUUUAAGUGCACGAGUGUGUGCGAUGGCGUAUACUGUCCAAUUACUUACCAGGUAUGACAUGUAUUAUCCUAUUACACUGUCCUAUUUAGUGCUGAAAUCAAGGCAGUUGAUAGCCAAUCAAAUUUGAGAAUUUUGUCAUAGUUAUGAUUAACCCAUUUGCCCCUGGAGAUUUUGCCGAGUAAUGCAUUUUGAAGCUAGCCGAGCGGUUUUCUGGUGACUGUUGUGCUAUAUAAAGAGCUAAAACUUACCACAAGGCCAUUUACAGGUCGUACACUUUGCAGUCUUCUGAUCCAGAUGUAAAAUAUUAGCUUGCGCAGUUCGGGCAUGUGCAGAAAGCAAAAUUUUGAGAUAGUUUUUGGGUUUAAAAGUGACACAGCAAUCUUGACUAUUAUUUUCCGCUUUCUCUCCCCCUCUUUUCUCUCUUUUCUUGCCUCUUUUGUUUUUCUCUUGCUGGGCACGUAGUAGGCUUCAUUUUGAUGUGAAAAGCUUUUAGGACCUUAGGAUUAGAUGAAAGGAAAGGUAGGUGGGUAGUGGAACAACAUUUUCAUAGAUCUUUUCAAGUCAAUGUUACAUUGUUUUUUGCCUUUUUUCUCUGGUGUCCUUGUCUGAACUGUGCUCAUUCUGGUAUGGUUUGAAAGAUCUCUGCACUCUGCACAAGUUAGCGGACAAAGUUAUCCUUGACAAUCAAAACUGAUGAGGUCUGAAGCAGUAGAAAGGAAGUGGAUCCACACGGGGGGUUAUGGGGGGCUCAGGGGCGAAUGGGUUAAUAAUUAUCAUUAUUACGAGGCAGUAUAGCUGAGUGGUUAGCGCGUCAAGUGUUCAGCGUACUGAGUGGUCAGCAUGUCGAAAUUUCAAUCCUGGCGUCCUGGGUUCAAGUCCCUCUCUGGCAACUUGCUGGAUUUGUUCUGGGUUGUCAGGAGUUCAAAAACCUUGGCCACACUUGCACGUAGCCAACUGCUUGCCUCCUACCAGUUGGGGUUUUCUAAUCCUGUUAUGUUCUAUUUGGAUUUUUUUUUUCUAAUAAUUGAGUGGAGUGCCUGUAAACUAGCUGAGUAUAAAAUGAGGCUAAGUGCACUUUCCACUGUAAACAAACUUUUAACCUUUUUCUAUAAGGUUUUAACAACUGAAGGGAUCCACAAGAUAUAUUACUUUAGCUUAAUAUAGAAUGUGAAAUGUGAGGGAUGAUGUCCAUAUCCCUCUCUUGUGCUUCUUCUGUCUUGUGUGCAGCUAUUUGUAAAUAUCUUAUUGAUAGAUAAUAAUGAUACAAUUCACAAAUGCCUUUGGCUGGCACUAAACCCACUAAGCAAUUUAUGUGAAGACAGCAGGAGGAAAAUACUAAGAUCUUGAUAUGCAUACUUAUUUUUACCUUAAUUUUACCAUUAUUUGUCCAUUAUCCACAUUCUGUUCUUGUUACAGUUUGCCUGAGGCUACCGAACAGGCUCAUCCAGAUGGGGUGUGCAAAUUUAGGUAACAAAAUAAUACACCUUGCUACUUUCUCCAGUUACCAGCACGUACAGCUGUACAUCAUUAACAGUUUAUAUGGUUUACAAACUGGACCAUACAACGUAACAACAAAAAUUUGUAGGUAGCCGGGGUGCCCAAUGUAUGAUUUCUAUGUAAAACUAAGAUCUUCUUGUUGCUUGAGCGCAAAGUCAGGUGCCAGGGGCCACCGGGCAGUGCUGCUACAGUACAGCCUUGACUACCCGCCGGUUGACAGUCCUUUGUAAUCACCAAAGGCAUGAGCUUUUAACCCUCUAAGCUCCAAUAUUCACAUUCAAAUUCUCCAAACUGAUCUCCAUACAUUUCCUUACAGAAUUAGUUGAGAGAAUUUGUUCAAAGAUCGAAGCAUUUUCCCUUAGGUGAUCAUUUUAUUAAUUCUCAUAAACUUUUCUUUUAAUUAUGUUUUAACAUUGUUGGGAGAAAAUGGAUGUUGGUCACUCUUGGGACUUAAAGGGUCAAGAAAAGUUUGUUUGCUGGAUAACAUCAUAUUUUUACCUCUAUGACCAGGGUUUUGCUUUAUAAUUGUGCACAUUAGGGCUUUUGUUAUUUAAACAUUGCUGGAAAAAAGGAAAAGGGAUGAAAGGCAAAACAAAAAGGAUUCUGGGAGUAGCAGUAAAAUGACGCCAUCGUGCAAAAUAAUUAUGGCCUAUUAAAAAUGAAUUAUACAGCCAGGCGAAUGAAUAUUGUUUUGUUUGCUUCUUACCACAGGUGGUCUAAUGUACAUGAAAACCUGUUUGCAACAACUGGCCGCCCCGGUAACCACAUUAAUGUCUACCACAUGGAACAUCACAAAGUUAGUUUUUUAUAAGGAAUUACAAUAUGUAAUAUAAUCAUCAAAGAUAAAUUUUUGAGCUACAAGAUAUGAUUAUUUUCCACCAAAAUCGACGAGUUGUGAUGAUGCAGUUUUGAAGAAAAGGCUGUAAUAGUUGAAGAGUACAAGUUUAGUGGCGCAGCUGGUGUCUCAGAACCCCUACCCCCUUACAGGCUUUUCUGUGGCUUAGUCACUUUUGGGCAAAUAUAAUUUUCACAAUCCCAACUUAGUCACUUUCUGUCACUUUUUUUAACCACAAAUCUUCCCAAUUUUAAAACCCUGUUUACCAGAAUUUUCUUACCCUCAAAAUCCUGAAAAUGUGCUACCUGGCACCAUUCUAGUAACUAUUGAAAAUGUAAUCCCAUUAUAAAUAGUAAAUCCUGUCCCAAAAAUGCGUCCCCAUCUAGCGGCUCAUCCCCAUUCUAUUACUAAAUAUGUUGCCCCCGGACAUCUUUCCUGCCCAUCUAGCUGACUUGUCACUCUUUUAUUUAACAGAUGCCAGUUUCGUGUCAGAUGUCUGUAGGUGGAGGUCUUUCCUGGCAUCCAUCUUUACCAGUGUGUGCAACAGGUGGUGGAGAUAAGGUUCACUUAUGGUUUCUAGAAGUGUAGCUGCCUAGAACAGGGACUUUGUCAAUCAAGCAACAGAAAAACUAUAUUUUACUAAGAAGUCAGGAAGCGAAAAGGAAUCUUGAGUUCACAACCAUUCCUGUAUGAAAUUUCAGGUUCCAAACAGGUUCCAAGUAUACAUUGUCAGAAACUUGAAUUUUUUAUGUACAGAUUUUGAUGGGAUAGUCCUCGGCAGAGUAUCUGUACAUUACAUGCUUACCAAUAUUACUGGAGGUUAUCAAUGGUAUUUUGACUUCCUGACCCCAGGA